CUGUAUACUGCUACCAUGAAUGCUUGUGUGCUCUCUGUGCUGUGUCUCCUGGGUGCCUUGGCUGUCCUGGUAGAAGGGGUCACUGUGCAGGAUGGAGACCUUUCCUUUCCUCUGGAGUCAGUGAAAAAACUUAAGGACCUCCAGGAGGUACAGGAGCCCAGAUUGGUGAGUCACAAGAAGUUUGCUCCCAGGCGUCUUAAGCCGAUGGCACAACAGCUAUGUAGCCACUCUGCAUUUCCAGAAGCACUGAGGCCUGUCUGCCAGAAACCCAAUGCUGAGGAGAUCCUGCAGAGGUUGGAGGCCAUUGCUCAGGACCCAAAUACAUGCGAGAUCUGUGCCUAUGCUGCCUGCACAGGAUGCUAGAGUGACAUUGCUUGCCUUCAUCUCAGCCCACGUGGAAGCCCCUUCUACCUUCUAGAAGCAGCAGGGCUAGGAAACUCAUACCCCCAGCAUCUCAGCCUACCCUGACCACUGCGGGGAGGAGGCUGAGGAGACAGCUACCUGCAGAAGCUAUGCUAACCCUCAGCCAAUAAACCAAACUUCAGAACUC